AUGCAGUUAACUGGUGUAAAGAACAACUCCAAACCUUGGAAGCUCGCUCUGAUUGCCCUCAGCCUCCUAGUUACCAUUACCGCUGCGUUAGAGGAUGUACCAACAUUACCUCAAGAUAUUCUUCGAGAUCCAAAAUUUCGGGCCGCAACAACUGGAAAUACUAUCGCAGGUCGAUACAUUGUCGAGUUCGACGAGAAAUACAGUGGAACUUCAUCAGACUUUUUAGAACGUUUGACACAAGAUAUUAAUAGAGAUGAUCCAAACAUUGGUAACAAGCUUAGCAUGACGAUCUCUCAUGAAUAUGACUCGACACCAUCUAUAUUUCACGGAGUUUCUCUUAGUAUCCAGCCAAAGAAAAGGAAGGCUGUACUUGGAAAGGUUCAAACAGCAUCCGAAGAAAAUGUUGUAUUCACUGCUUCCCAGAACCGUGUUGUGAAUAAAUUAGUCAAAAGCAACUAUGUCAAGAAAGUGUAUCCGGUUACUAUAAUACCGAGACCAGAAUUCACCCGUACUAGUCUAGCAUAUGAUGAAGCACUACUACCGAUCAUAAAUAGUGCAGCACUCGAGGUAUCUUUGCCAUUUUCUCAUGAAAUGACUCAGGUAAAUAGGGUACACAAAGAACUUGGCCUCACAGGAAAGGGUGUUGUGGUUGGAAUCAUUGAUUCUGGUAUUGACUAUACCCAUCCGUCCCUCGGAGGUGGAUUUGGCCCUGGCUUUAAAGUACAAUUUGGAGCGGAUCUUUCUGGCGAUUUCUUUGAUGUCAAUAAUCCAUCCAAAUCCAAGAAAGGGAAAACUCCCCUUGAUACUUGCAGUGAAAAGUUUCACCAAGGAGGUCAUGGAACUCAUGUCGCAGGAAUCAUUGCUGCUCAAGACACACGUUAUAAUUUUACUGGUGUAGCUCCAGAUGUUACACUUGGAAUGUGGCGUGUAUUUGGCUGUCAAGGCUCAACCUCUAGCGAUUUGGUUAUCAAUGCACUUAUCUUGGCUUAUGAAGCAGGCUGCGAUGUUAUUAAUCUAAGCUUAGGUGGUGCCACUGGGUGGGGAGAAGAUCCCACUGCAGUUGUAGCAAAUCGUAUUGCUAAGAGUGGCGUAGUUGUCGUCGCAGCAGCAGGAAAUGCUGGUUCAGAGGGACCUUUUAUGGUCGCAUCUCCGAGUGUAGCAGACAAUGUGAUUUCUGUUGCUUCUGUAGAUAACGACUAUGUACUGCUACCAAAUGUUAUACUAGAAAACGGCGAUAAAUUUGACUACUCCUUAUCAACUUCAACCAAAACAUUUCCCAAUGGUACAAUCGUUGCCUAUGCGGAUGAUGAGCCAGAAGUUCUUGCCUGUGGAGAUUCAAAGCCAAGCCGUUCCUUUACUGGCCAAAUUGUAUUAGUCAAGCGUGGUAACUGUACAUUUGACGAGAAAACAGCCAAUGCGUACAAGGCUGGAGCCACUGCCGUCUUGGUGUAUGAUAACGAGCUCAAUACAAGCUCACAUCCAGUAACAGCCCAAAACGCACGUAUUCCUGUAGCCAGUGUAUCAAAUGCAGCAGGUGUUACAUUGAUGGGACUUCUUGGGAACGAGACCAGUGGAGUUGGAGUGGUUUUUGAAGUCGAACUCUCGGGUAGCCCUUCUCUGUCUGCCAGGAAAAUAUCUAGUUUCUCAAGUGUGGGUACUUCUUUCGAGCUGGACUUGAAGCCAAAUCUUGCUGGUGUGGGCGGAUCAAUAUUUUCUCUGCUUCCUGUUACGCGUGGAUCAUAUGGUGUUCUUUCGGGAACCUCGAUGGCUUCUCCUUACGUUGCAGGUGCUAUUGCUUUGUACCUUCAAGCUCACCCGGCACACAAUUCGUCCUUUAUUGGUCAGAAAUUCCAAAACUUUGCCCUUCCUUCUUUUGUAGACAAUCCUGCGAAACAAGGUGCUGGUCUUAUCCAAGUAUAUGAUGCCAUUACGCAGUUAAGCUAUGUCUCGCCUGGUCAAUUGAGCUUCAAUGAUACAGCCCAUCGUGAAGAAAAGACACUGGCGAUCACAAACCAAGAAAAAGAGCCAAUGACCUAUACCAUCCGUCAUUUUUCGAAUCGCGCCAUCGCUCCUUUCAACACUUCACAGCACGGAUAUACUCCUAUACAGCCAGCCAUCUAUACAAAAGCCAAUGUUACAGCCGAUCUUGGUCUUUCUUUAAAGAAUGUUACCGUCCAACCCGGAGAGACAGUCGAAUUCACCGUUAAUGUUGAUAGCGUCAGUGAGUCUCUCGAUAACGAGCCAUUCCCCAUGUAUGGCGGCUUUAUUACGAUUGAUCCCGUUACCGAUUAUUACGGAGAGGCAAAGUCGAUGAAAAUACCUUAUGUUGGUAUCUCUGGAAAUGUGGCAGACAUCCCAAUAUUUCCUAAAGGGUUCCCUAUGAUCGUUGAUUCCAGUGACUUCCUUGGAUCGCAUGAGCCUGGAAAGCCCUAUGUACUCAAGAGAAUUCCUCACAGUCGCCCUUCUUUGUAUGCCGUUUUCCGUCUACUGAUGGGUACGGCCCACCUUACGACUGAGAUUUUGGAUGAAAACCAAGAAUUUGUGGGCAAUGCUUUUAGUACAAGUUAUAUGCCACGCAACACGCUGAACCCUGGGAACUUUUUGGUAGUAAAUUCAUGGAAUGGAUCUAUUAUAGAUGAACAGAGCGAGACUUUGGGCGAGACAAUCCCUCUUAAAAAUGGUACAUAUUACAUGCGCUGGAAGGCUCUGCGCUUGUUGGCUGAUCCUGAGCUUGAAGACAGCUGGUUGACCUCUAUUUCGGAUCCUAUUGUUGUUUCUUAA